AUGGACGUGUGCAAACAGAGCAGCUAUGCCUUCCGUAAUGCAAUCAAACAGGCUGCCAGCCCAGACGACGUCCGAAGCCGCGUCCUCAGAGCAUAUGCAGACCAGCUGGCUGGAUGUCUACGGGUGUCAGGGAACAACAGCGAGGCUAUCCAGUUCCUGCCCAUUGAGUCCCCUCUGAUUCCCGUGCACAACCUGAUCCAGGAUGCAUUCCUGGGGUCUCGGGAAGGUGCCCCGGACCUCUCCGCCAUUCCUGCGGAGCACCAGAACCUCCGGGAGGUGUUCAGCAAGACCCGGGCCAUGUCGCUUCCACUGCACCGACCCUAUGACUGCGGGAUUUACCUUCUCCCUAGCACCACGCCACCCCGGGGACGUCUGUACUCUCUAUCGGGACUGGAGACCAAGGCUAUGGAAACCUACAUUGUGGACCACCUAGCUACUGGAUUUAUCCAUUCCUCUUCAUCUCCCGCAGGCUUCUUCUUCAUGGAGAAAAAGGACAAGACCCUGCCCACGUGCAUUGACUACCGGAGACUCAACGACAUUACGGAUAAGAACCGUUACCCGCAACAACUCAUCUCCUCGGCCUUCGAGCCACUCCAGGGGGCCACUGUGUUUUCCAAGCUGGAUCUACGGAACGCCUACCACCUGGUGCGGAUACGGGACGAGUGGAAGACCGCCUUCAACACAGCCAGUGGCCACUACGAGUAUCUGGUCAUGCCCUUUGGCCUCACCAACACCCCUGCUAUGUUCCAAGCUCUGGUGAAUGAUGUUCUCCGUGACAUGUUGAACCGGUUCGUCUUCAUCUGCAUUGAUGACAUCCUUGUCUUCUCCCGCUCCGCUCAAGAACACGUGCUCCACAUCCGGCAGGUCCUUCAAUGCCUUCUGGAGAAACAGCUGUUUGUGAAGGUGAAGAAGUGUGAGUUCUAUCGCUCCACCAUCGUCUUUCUGGGUUACAUCAUCUCUAAUGGGAGUGUCCAGAUGGAUCCCGGGAAAGUGAGAGCUGUGAUGGAUUGGCCUCAGCCUACGUCUAGGGUGCAGCUGCAACGUUUCCUGGGGUUCGUCCAUUUCUAUCGCCGCUUAUCCGGGGUUACUGUACCCUGGCUUCCCCCCUGUCAGCACUCACCUCACCCAAGGUUCCAUUCACAUGGUCCCCAGUUGCUGACUGGGAUUUCCGGGAUCUCAAACAUUGCUUCACCACAGCUCCCAUCCUGGUUCAUCCGGACCCAUCUCGUCAGUUCGUGGUGUAGGCCGAUGCUUCGGACGUCGGAGUGGGGGCUGUCCUGUCCCAGCAUUCCGCCCUUGACCUCAAUUUACAUCCCUGUGACUUCUUCUCCCAUUGCCUCCACGCCAUGGAAAGGAACUACGAUGCAAGCCAGAUGGGCCCUGCUGUUCACACGGUUCGACUUCUCCCUCUCGUACCGGCUGGGAUCCAAGAAUGUCAAGCCAGAUGCCCUGUCCCACCGCUAUAGCCCCACAACUACUACCCCUGAACCCAAGACCAUCCUUCGCACCUCAUGCCUUGUGACAGCACUCAGCUGGGGGAUAGGGAAGCAGGUCCGUGAGGCACAGCGUUCCCAGCCAAACCCCGGGCGGGGCACUGAUAACCGCAUGUUCGUUCCUGACACCGUCUGCUCCGAGGUCUUGGAGUGGGCCCACUCCUCGAGGCUGGUCUGCCACCAGGGCACCCAUCAGACCCUGGCCUUUGUGCGACAGCGCUUUUGGUGGCCUACCAUGGUCCCGGAUGUGUCCGCAUUCGACGCCGCUUGCUCACCCUCCUCAAGACCACCUCCAAGUAUCGAUGACAAGCAGAUCGCCAUCGGACCCCGGCUUCCCAGUAUCGUCUCGGGCAGAAGGUAA